GCACACGGAUUUUUCUUUCGUUCCUUGUAUCUCGCUCUUUGACCUGAGUAGGCAAACAACCAGAACAAAAUUCCCCUGAUCUGCCGCACCACCACAGCCCUUACGCCGCCGUCCACCAGGCGCUGUCCGCCAGCACCGCUGCACCGGUUCCGAGGCCGCACCGUGCAGAGCUGCUCCAUCGAGCCGCUCCCAAGAACGGCGUUCCCCAUAUCCUGCUGAUGCUCUGCCCAAGGGCGGCUGGCAUCUUCCCUGUUCUCUCUACUGCAUCUUCAUCAGCUAUUUUGGUUGUGCCCAAAGACCUCUCAUCUGCAAGUGCAAACUACGCCAGGCCCAACCUCUUCACCGAUGCCUGAUCUACCCAUCUGCUGCUCCGCAAUAUGUCCAAUAUAGCCGCCGUAUGUACUGGAUCACAACGUCAGGAGUCCAGGUGCGGUUAACCUCACAUCAUAUAUAUAUUCUGUAGACAGACUAAUUUUGAGUUGAACUUAAAAUUAUAUCAAAAAAAUUUAGUGGGUGGUUGUCAAAUUAGGAACACUGAUGUACUAACCAUAUUUCUUAUCCCAUCACAGAAAACCGAUGGAUUUAAAUGCUAUUAAGAAGUUACUGCUUUCCCCUAGACCAAGUGAUGAGUACCUUGCUGGAAUAGAGGGUUUUCUUGAGUUUGCAUAUAGGGAAAAGAAUCCUAAUGAUAAGAUCCGGUGUCCGUGCAAGAAAUGUGUUAAUAAGUGGUUACUAAGGCGUGAUGAAGUGUAUGAUCAUUUAGGGAGUGUUCGUUAGGUGGAGAUAGGAGAGAUUGUGUCUCGUUUUCCGCGCGCACGCUUUUCAAACUACUAAACGGUGCGUUUUUUGCAAAAAAUUUCAAUAGGAAAGUUGCUUUAAAAAAUCAUAUUAAUCCAUUUUUGAAAUUUAAAAUAGUUAAUACUCAAUUAAUCAUGAGCUAAUGGCUCACCUCGUUUUGCGUAUCUUCCCAAUCUCCUCAAUCCCCUUCUCUUCAAACACUCCCUUAGUGUACAAUGGAAUGUUACUUGGUUAUAAUCCUUGGGGUUGUCAUGGUGAAACUGCAUCAUUCAUCUCUGCUAACAGUGAAAUAAAAUCACAAAAUAGAAUUGAUAAUAAUAUGCAACAGCUAGUUCAAGAUGCUUUUGGAAACACAGGCAGCAGCCCUCCAGUGAAUGAUUAUGAUGCACCAACUUCUUCUAACAGUGGGCCAGACUCUGAAACAAAAGCGUUCUAUGAUUUACUCCGAGAUGCUCAUGAACCUUUAUGGGAAGGGUGUGAACUUACAAGGCUUUCGUUUCUUGUAGUCUUGUUUUACAUAAAAUCCAUUAACAAGUGGAGUAAUAAAUCUUUAAAUGAUUUGCUAGCGAUCCUGCAACAAGCAAUUCCAAAUGGAAAGACAAGGCAAAUGAUGACUUUUGUUCAAAAUGUGGAACUUCAAGGUGGAAAAACAAAGAAGAUAAAACUACUUUAACAAAGAAGGAAAGAAGAAGGGCAACCCCAAGAAAAGUUUUACGAUACUUCCCAAUUAAGCCAAGGCUUAAGAGGUUAUUUAUGCAUAAGGAAUCAGCUACAGCAGUGAGGUGGCAUGAUGAGGGUCGCACAAAGGAUGAUGCAUUGCGUCAUCCAGCUGAUUCAAAGGCUUGGAAAGACAUUGAUUCUAGAUAUCCUACCUUUGCAUCAGAUUCUCGAAAUAUCAGGUUUGCAAUGGCUAGUGAUGGGUUUAAUUCAGUUGGAACGAUGAGUUCGACCUACAGUUGUUGGCCGGUCGUCUUAGUUCCCUAUAACCUUCCUCCAUGGUUUUGCAUGACAGCAUCCUUACUUAUGCUUGCUCUCAUAAUUCCAGGGCCAUCUUACCCUGGAAAGGAUUUUCAUGUAUUUAUGGAGCCGGUUUAUGAAGAGUUGAUUGAUUUGUUUAAGGUUGGAACCCCCACAUAUGAUGCAUCCCAAGAUGAGAUGUUUCAACUCCGUGCUAUAUUAUUGUUCGCAAUCAGUGACUACCAUGGAAUUGGGAUCUUUGCAGGUUAUAGCGUAAAUGGUGAAUUUGCAUGUAUUACAUGUCAUGAUGAAACAUGUUCUAAACGUUUGAUACAUGGUCGCAAGUAUUCUUUCAUGGGACAUCGUCGUUUUCUACCCCUAGACCAUGAGUUCCGUUACAAUCGAAUUUCUUUUGAUGGAAUUGAAGAACAUAGACCAGAGCCUAUUGCAUUUUCUGAAACUGCAAUUCUUAGUAAAAUAAAGGCAAUUAAUGAUUUUGAGAAGUCAAAAACAUGGAACUGUGUUAGUGGGCUAUUUUCUUUGCCUUAUUGGGAGUCCAAUUUACUACGCCACAAUCUUGAUGUAAUGCAUAUAGAGAAGAAUGUUUGUGAUAAUAUAUAUGGGACACUUCUAAGACUGGAAGGCAAAUCAAAGGAUAAUUUACAGGCACGACUAGACCUGCAAGAAAUGAAUAUAAGGCUAGGAUUGCAUCCUAAAAAAAAAGCUAACAAUAAGUAUUACUUGCCUCCUGCUACCUAUACAAUGUCUAAAAAUGAGAAGCAACAAUUUUGCAAAGUUCUCCAUGAUAUUAAAGUUCCGGAUGGCUACUCAGGAAACAUAUCAAGAUGUGUAAAUGUUGGUCAGGCAAAAAUUUCAGGACUUAAAAGUCAUGACUACCAUAUUCUAAUCCAACAACUUCUUCCUGUUGCUUUGCGAGGUGUGCUUCCAGACAAUGUUACAUCCGUAUUAUUUGAACUAUGUGGUUAUUUUAGAGAAUUAAGUGCAAAAGUCCUAUACAUAGAUGUGCUUCGGAAGUUGGAUGAACAAAUUAAAAUGACAUUAUGCCGUAUGGAGAUGAUAUUUCCUCCUAGAUUUUUUACUGUUAUGGUGCAUUUAGUUGCUCAUUUAGCAACAGAGGCUGAAAUAGGAGGUCCUGUGUGUUACCGAUCGAUGUACUUUGUGGAAAGGUAUGUUUAUAUUACAAAUACAAUUGAAUUUGUUAUCCAAUAUAUAUUUCUUAACUUUUUUUUCUCAUUUCCAUGUUUAUGUAGAUAUUUGAGUGUGUUGAAGUCAUAUGUGCGUAAUAAAGCGCAUCCUGAGGGAUGUAUAGCUGAAGCAUAUUUGGCAGAUGAGUGUAUGACAUUUUGUUCUAAGAUAUAUUGAAGGUUUUGAGACAAAGCACAACCUACUGUAACGCCCCGAUUUUCGUUCGGGAUUAAAAAUCAUUUAAUAAUGU